AUAAGGGAGCGAGGCCAGCCAAUGUGCAGCUUGCCUCUGAGCAGAGCCAGUAGCACUGGAUGGCUGCCUGCAGGAGGAGCAGGAAGCUGCUGCACUGAAGAGGAGGAGGAGGAGGUGUCUGAUACAGUCGCCUUACCUGAGCCGCUAGCAGAGAAAUGGACACAUGUUGAGUGAUCGCCAGCUGCAGGAAAGAGGGCAAGAGGCAAGUGGCAGCAGCGGGCACCCCGUGGACCCCUGGCUGGAGGCAAGCAGCUGUCCCUCUCAGCAGCUGCGAGGUUAUGCCACGCCUCAGACUUACUGGGUGCCUGCUAAUGAAAGAAAAGGGUUGAUAUUUACCCAAAUAUUGCAUGACGGACCAUAGGUCAUAAGACAAGAUGGCAGCUGGAAAUACGGCUCCCUCAGGAGGCAUCUUCAAUACAGCACAGCAGUGUGGUGAGGAUGCUGAGACAGCCUUUCCUGGUGUAGAGGAUGAGGAAGAUUUGGACAAGACCUUGUCUGUAGAACGGUUUGGAGACCUGAUCAGCAAAUCUAUACUAAGAGACCAGGAGAAGCAAGGCCGCAGCUACAGUGAGAGGGACUUUGAAUUCCAUCGCCAAACAUCCCACCACAUCCAUCAUCCCCUCUCUACCCACCUGCCUCCCCCUCACAAGUCCAAGAAGAGGCUUCCCCACUCUGAGAGGAAGAAGAAGAAAAAGAGAAAACCCAAAAAAACCUCUGUACCUCCCUCCAAUGUCACCCCCACCAUCCAGGAGGUGGAAGAAGAGGAAGAAGAGGAGGAGGAAGCAGAAUCUGAAGGAGAGGACGUUCUAGAAAAGGAAGCCUCUGCAGAGUCUGAGCAUGAAGCCUCUCCCAAAGGGGAGUCUCAUAGCAUACCAAAAACAGUGCUGUCUGAAGGAAACAUUGAGUUCACUAUUGGGAGCGGUAAGGAGGAGGAGGAGGAGGAAGAAGAGGAGGCCUGUGGCAGCCCAUGCACUUUGUCAUUUCAUGUGGCAGAGGAAUGCAGUCACCUCUCCUCACUUCCAUGUCUUUCUGAUCUGCUGCCAGAGAAAGGACUGACAUCUCCCAGGGGCUUCUCUGGGUGCAGGGAUACACCUCGAGGAUGGGAGAAGCGCAAACCUUGGAGUCAGGUGCCAAGUGGGCAGCGGGCAAACUACGAUCUGAAGGAGAGGGUGUGUAUCGGCAGCAUGACCGCCCUGGAAAGUGCCACAUACCAGCGAAUCCCCACGGAUGAGGCCGAGGCUCAAAUGCUGGCUUCUGCUGACCUGGAUGACAUGAAAAGCCAUCGUUUUGAAGACAACCCAGGAGUAAGGAGACAUCUGGUUAAGAAACCAUCCCGAAACCAGACUACCAAAACCAGUAAAAAGUCUUUGUCCUCGCACUCAGUCAAGAGAAAGAAGAAAAAGAAAAAGCUUGACCGGAAGCCUCAUGAGAUAUUUGUGGAGCUGAACGAACUAGUGGUGGAUAAGAACCAGGACAUGCACUGGAAGGAGACAGCUCGCUGGAUCAAAUUUGAGGAAGAUGUGGAAGAGGACACAGCACGCUGGGGGAAGCCUCAUGUGGCCUCACUCUCUUUUCGUAGUCUUUUGGAGCUUAGGAAGACUAUUGCCCAUGGAGCUGUUCUGCUAGACUUGGAGCAAACGACAUUACCAGGCAUUGCUCACCUGGUGGUAGAGACCAUGAUAAUCUCAGACCAGAUCAAGGCUGAAGACAGAGCCAAUGUGCUGCGGGCCCUACUACUUAAGCACAGCCACCCCAACGAUGAGAAGGAGGGAUUCUUUCCUCGGAACCAGUCAGAGGCUAGCAUGAACUCUGUGAUAGCAAACCACCACCACAACCAUAACUACACAGUUGAUACUUGCAUGCCGUUGAUGGGCGAAGACUGCAUUGAGAUGACAGAGCCCACAAUCCAUGACCCUGACUACAAAGAGAAAAACAUGCACAUUCACAACUCUGAGGGACAUCGUGGCAAAUACCUCAAGCUGAUGGAGAAAAUUCCCAGUGAUGCUGAGGCUACCGUGGUGCUUGUUGGUUGUGUUCAGUUCCUUGAACAGCCAACCAUGGCUUUUGUCCGUUUAAAUGAGGCUGUUUUUCUGGAGUCAGUUCUGGAGGUUCCAAUUCCUGUCCGUUUCAUCUUUGUCUUAUUGGGGCCAAGCCAGUCCAACAUGGAUUAUCAUGAGAUUGGGAGAUCCAUCUCCACACUCAUGUCAGACAAGCAUUUCCAUAAAGCUGCUUACAUGGCAGAUGACCGCCAGGACCUGCUCAAUGCCAUCAACGAGUUCCUUGACUGUAGUAUCGUCAUCCCCCCCUCAGAGAUGGAGGGAAAGGGUUUGCUGAAGUCAAUCGCCACAUUCCAGAAGGAGCUACUGCGAAAGAGGAAAGAGCGAGACCAGCAGAAGACUACCAAAGAAGGUCAAGUCCAGGAAGCCAAAGAGUUGUGUGAGGUUAAGGCUGAGGAGGAAGAAGAGGGUGAGGAGGAGGAUGAUCCUCUCGAACGCACUGGCAUUUUCUUUGGCGGUUUGGUGCGGGACAUAAAGCGCAGGUACCCCAAGUAUCUGAGUGACAUCAGAGAUGCCCUGCACAGCCAGUGCCUCGCAGCCGUGCUGUUCAUCUACUUUGCUGCUCUCUCUCCUGCCAUCACCUUUGGGGGACUGCUAGGUGAGAAGACAGAGGGUCUCAUGGGCGUCUCGGAGUUGAUUAUCUCUACUUCAAUACUGGGCAUGCUCUUUUCUCUGCUGAGCGCUCAGCCUCUCCUUGUCAUUGGCUUCUCAGGGCCCCUGCUGGUCUUUGAGGAGGCUUUUUACAAGUUCUGCCAUAGCCAGGGCAUCGAAUAUCUGACAGGCCGGGUGUGGAUUGGUCUGUGGCUCAUUGUCUUCAUUGUCACCAUUGUGGCUGCUGAAGGGAGUUUCCUUGUGCGCUACAUCUCCCCCUUCACCCAGGAGAUCUUUGCCUUCCUCAUCUCCCUUAUCUUCAUCUAUGAAACAUUCUACAAGCUCUACAAGAUAUUUACAGAGCACCCACUGCUGAGGUCCUACCCACCAAAUCAGAGUAUUCUGAAUGCCAGCAUGUUAUCUGCUGAUUCCACAUCCCUCGACACCCAGAUGCAACCAAAUACUGCCCUCCUGUCCCUCAUCCUCAUGUUGGGAACCUUCUUCAUCGCCUUCUUCAUGCGCAAGUUUAAGAACAGCCGUUUCCUGGGAGGAAAAGCAAGGCGAAUCAUUGGUGAUUUUGGGAUCCCUAUCUCCAUCCUUGUUAUGGUUCUGGUAGACUACACCAUUACUGAUACAUAUACACAGAAGCUGAAUGUUCCUUCAGUACUGUCAGUCACAGCCCCGGACAAGCGUGGUUGGUUCAUCCAUCCCUUAGGCAGCAAGCAGACAUUCCCUGUCUGGAUGAUGUUGGCCUCUGCCGUUCCGGCUCUGCUGGUCUUUAUUCUUAUUUUCAUGGAGACCCAGAUUACCACCCUGAUUGUCAGCAAGAAGGAACGGAGGCUGCUGAAGGGAUCAGGCUUCCACCUGGACCUGCUGCUCAUUGGUACAAUGGGAGGGCUCUGUGCCCUUUUUGGGCUGCCUUGGCUUACAGCUGCCACUGUCCGGUCCAUCACCCAUGUCAAUGCCCUCACUGUCAUGAGCAAGGCGAUUGCGCCCGGUGAGAAGCCAAAGAUUGAAGAAGUGAAGGAGCAGCGCGUGACAGGAGCGCUCAUCGCUGGCCUUGUUGGGCUGUCGAUAGUGAUGGGGAAUGUGUUGCGUCAGAUCCCACUGGCUGUGCUGUUUGGGAUUUUUCUGUAUAUGGGUGUGACGUCGUUGACUGGCAUCCAGCUCUAUGAGCGGCUCCUUCUCAUCUUCAUGCCAUCCAAGCACCACCCUGAUCAUGUCUAUGUUGUCAAGGUGAAAACAUGGCGGAUGAACCUCUUCACGUGCACCCAGUUAGCCUGCAUAGUGCUGCUGUGGGUGGUGAAGUCUACUGUAGCAUCACUGGCUUUCCCAUUUGUCCUAAUCAUGACAGUCCCACUGCGCAGGUUCCUGCUGCCUCGCUUCUUCGACGAGAGAGAACUCAAAGCGCUGGACUCCGAGGAUGCAGAACCAAACUUUGAUGAAGAUGGUCGAGAUGAGUACAAUGAGCUCCACAUGCCUGUGUGA